AUGCAUAUAAUUCUAGAUCUUCGAAUAGAGGAUGAUGCUCUCAUGAACCUCUGCUUAAUUGAAAUUGAGAAACUUCUCCACUGCAAUGGGAGGUCACUUAAAGAAUUUCCAUGUAUGUCAUAUCCCAGAUUUUCUGAAACUCUACAAUUUGAAAACAAGUUUGUUGUCGACGAGUUGAAUUACAGUAAACAAGAAAUGCGCGAUACACAUGAAGCACUGUUAAAGUCUUUGACUGCUGAGCAAUCUAAAGUGUAUAAACAAAUAAUGAGUUCAGUUUUGUCCGACGAUGGAGGGUUUUAUUUUCUAUAUGGAUUUGGAGGGUCGGGGAAAACAUUUGUGUGGAAUACAUUGUCUUCAGGUUUAAGAUCACAAGGACUCAUUGUUUUGAACGUGGCAUCAAGUGGUAUUGCUUCUUUGUUGUUGCCUGGAGGAAGGACUGCUCAUUCAAGGUUGUCUAUUCCUAUAUCAAUUAAUGAUAUAUCAACCUGUAAUAUCAAACAAGGAUCGCAAAAGGCUGAAUUACUUCAAAAGGCAAGUUUGAUCAUAUGGGAUGAAGCACCAAUGUUGAACAAACAUUGUUUUGAAGCAUUAGAUAGAACUUUGAAUGACCUCAUGAAAACCCGUUUGAAUUUUGGUUAUGAUAAACCAUUCGGUGGUAAAGUUGUGGUCUUGGGAGGUGAUUUUAGGCAAAUUCUUCCCGUUGUCCCAAAAGGUAGUCGAGCAGAUAUUAUUGAAUCUUCAAUCAAUUCUUCAUGCUUAUGGAACUCGUGCAAAGUAUUGAAAUUGACCAAAAACAUGAGAUUACAAAAUUCUGCAACAUCGUCAACCAAUGAAGAAACCAGGGAGUUUGCAGAAUGGAUUCUACAAGUUGGAGAUGGUACGGUGAACACAAUUGAUGAUGCUCAAACAAUGAUAAAAAUACCUCUAGAUUUGUUGAUAGAAAAAUCAGAUGAUCCUAUACUUAGCUUGGUGAAUUUUGCUUAUCCUAAAAUGAUUGACAACAUGAAAAAUCAUUCAUUCUUUGAAGAAAGAGCAAUUUUGGCACCAACCCUUGAGAGUGUUGAGCAUGUUAAUAAUUUCAUGUCUUCUAUGGUUCCUGGUGAUGAGAAGGAAUAUUUGAGCUUUGACACUACAUGCAAGUCUGAUGAGGACACAGAGAUAAAAGGAGAUUGGUUCACUUCUGAGUUCUUGAAUGAAGUCAAAUGUUCAGGAAUUCCAAACCACAAACUUAAUUUGAAGGUUGGAAUUCCAAUUAUGCUUCUUCGGAAUAUAGACCAGUCUAUUGGUUUAUGUAACGGAACUCGCUUGAUAGUAACAGAUUUGACCAAAAAUGUCAUUUCAGCAUCAAUUCUAACAGGUAAAAAAAUGGGAGAAAAAGUUUUUAUCCCUCGAAUGAACUUAAUACCAUCUGACCCUGGUUUGCCGUUCAAAUUCUCAAGACGGCAAUUUCCUGUCACAUUAUGCUUUUCAAUGACUAUAAACAAGAGUCAAGGUCAACCGUUAUCUCAUGUUGGGUUAUAUCUGCCUAGACCAGUUUUCACUCAUGGUCAGCUCUAUGUUGCUCUCUCAAGAGUGAAGUCAAGAAAAGGGCUGAAAUUAUUGAUUUUAGAUGAUGAAGGAAACCUCUCAAAUGCAACAAAGAAUGUUGUAUACCAAGAAGUGUUUGACAACAUCUAA